UACAGAGAAUGUAGGGAUCAAAGUCCCUUGCUAUUUCUGGGUCUAGCUAUCAAAAAAGAAGUUCGGCAGAGUAGAAUUUGCAACGGUUUUACUUUUCAACUGCUAGCUAUAUCUCCUCACUACCUCUGCAACUUUAAAGAAAACAGCUGCUUUCCUGAACCCCAAAACAACGCGGAGAAACAGCAUCCCCAGGACCCUCAGCAGAGGCAAGGCAGAAGCCCUGAGGUGAACCUAGAGUAACAUCUGCACACACCAGGUGGGACACACUGGAUGAAAACAUUUUGCCACUUUGAAUUUUUCUAGCUACAGUAACUUUUCGUCAUCUUGGGGAUCAUCUCUUCGGCUCUGAUGGGUUUUAAUAGUCUCUUGAGUCUAGUUGGAGGCCUGGGGAAAUUCCAGAUCCUUCAGAUGAUUUUUAUAGGUGGUUCUCUCCUCAUAGUGUACUGUCAUAUUUUACUGGAGAACUUCACGGCAGCUGUCCCUGCUCACCGCUGCUGGGUCCACCUCCUUGACAAUGACACCAUCUCAGCUAAUGACACUGGGACCCUCAGCCAAGAGGACCUCCUGAGAGUCUCCAUCCCCCUGGACUCCAGCCUGAGGCCAGAGAAGUGCCGGCGCUUCGUCCACCCCCAGUGGCAGCUCCUUCACCAGAAUGGCACCUUUCCCGAUGUGACAGAGCUGGACACGGAGUCCUGUGUGGAUGGCUGGGUGUAUGACCGCAGCACUUUCUCUUCCACCAUCGUGACUAAGUGGGACCUGGUAUGUGAAUCUCAAUCACUGAAAUCAGUGGUCAGAUUUAUUUUCAUGACUGGAAUGCUUCUGGGAAGCAUCGUUUUUGGCCAGUUAUCAGACAGGUUUGGGAGGAAGUUUGUCCUCAGAUGGUGCUUCCUCCAGCUCGCCAUUGCUGACACCUGUGCAGCCUUUGCUCCCAACUUCCCUAUUUACUGCUCACUGCGCUUCUUGGCUGGGUUUUCCACCAUCACCAUCAUGACAAAUGGCAUCCUGAUUCUUGUAGAGUGGACAGUGCCCCAAUUCCAAGCCUUGGGGAUAACAGUGCCAAUUUCUUCUGCUUGUAUUGGACAGAUGAUCAUGGGAGGAGUAACUUUUGUCAUCCGGGACUGGCGUACUCUUCAGUUGGUGUAUUCUGUACCAUUAUUUGUCAUCUUUUUUUUCUCAAGAUGGCUGGCAGAAUCUGCUCGGUGGCUAAUUACCUCCAAUAGACCCGAGGAAAGUUUGAAGGAACUUAGGAGAGCUGCACAUUGCAAUAGAAUAAAGGAUGCUGAAGACAUCUUAACCAUGGAGUUUUGUUUGUUGUUGAAGAUUUUGACAUCCACCAUGCAGAGAGAGUUAGAGUCCACACAGAGGAGACCAUCUUUGCUUGACAUGCUCCGUUCACGCAUCCUGCUUAAAAGAAUCUGUCUUGUGUCUUUUGUGAGAUUUACGUGCGUCCUCUCCUAUUUUGGCCUGACUCUCAACCUGCAGCAUUUGGGGAGUAAUGUUUUCCUGUUCCAGGUUCUAUUCGGUGUAGUCACACUCCCAGGAAAUUUUGCUGCGUUUCUGAUACUCCGUUACCUUCCACGUCGAAGUAGCCAACUGCUUUUAUUGUCUCUGCUGGGAAUCUCCAUAUUGGCGACUAUCUUCGUGCCUCAAGAAAUGCAGGCUGUGCGUGCUGCUUUGGCAAGUUUUGGAAUGGGACUUUGUUCUGCCUCUAUCAUUUGUUCUCUUACCCAUGAAGGUGAACUAGCCCCCACUAUAAUCAGGGCAACACUCGCAGGAAUUUCUGGACUUUGUGGUAAUAUUGGGGCAGUCCUGGCCCCCCUCUUGACAAUCCUAGCGGUGUAUUCUCCCAGUGCGCCCUGGAUCACCUAUGGAGUCAUUCCCAUCACUGGAGGCCUUAUUAGCUUACUCCUUCCUGAAACCAUGAACCAGCCUCUGCCUGAAACUAUCCAAGAUCUGGAGAAUGAGAGUAAAUGCUCAAGAAAAGCAAAGAGGGAAGACAUUUGUUUGAAAGUGACUCAGUUUUAAGGGACCCUGAGCUAACUGCUGGUCAAAGAAUGAAAUAAACAAAGAAACCAAGAGAACUUCUAGAUAUUGGGAAAAUUAGAAAACAUACACAAAAUGUAGAUGGGAAGGUGGUUUCUUUUUUCAAUUAUGGUGCAAAAUUACUAAUUAUAAAAUAGCAAUAAUUAAUAAUGAGAGCCAUGAAAUGUGAAUAGCAAUAUUAUUUUAAGAGAAGCUUCAGGCAUGAAAGUUUCUUUGCAUCAUCAUUAUUUAUACCCCCACCCAGCAAUAUUAUUUUAAAAGGACUUAGAAUAUUUGUAUAAUUUUGGUCAUGUUUAACAGAUUAAAGUUGAUACAUUUUGCAACAGGAACUGUAGAGACAAAUUCUGGGAGCCUUCUACCAACCCUGACAAGUAGUUGAUAUGACUGAGGAUUAGGAAGAUUUAUCAAGAGUCUUAAUUCAAGGCACACAAAAACCUUGCCAACCAGUGCCUGACUAUAAGCAAGCAAGUUGUGUAUUGUAUCCAAUAAGCACCUUGGAACCCAUAGAUUGCCAGACUAUGCUUCUUUCCAGCCCUGGAUUGUGUGUUUCAUCAACCCCAUAAACUGAGACUCCAACCAACUUUCAGGCUUGAACACAUGCCCAAGGCAACCAAAUGAUGACAGGCACACAUGACCUUGAAACCAUAGCUAUUCAUUGUCUAGACCCCUGGCCCAGGUGCUCAGAGUACCAGACAUGACAACAAAGGAAAUAAUAGCAGGCAUUAUGGAUCAUGAUAAAAGCCCGUGUGUGUGGUGGGGAGGAUACAAUAGAGAUAUGUAAAUCUCCUAAAGAAGACUUCAGAACAUAGAUGCCUACUGAAAUACCAUCAAAUAAAACAAACUUGAUAAACUCAGAGAAAACUCUUAUCAGAAAUCAAAGAACUAGAGAAGACAGUAGCUGAACUAAAAACUCUUGUAGAGGUUCUCCACCGUAAAUACAGAGUCCAAAGAUCAUAACACUGAGGCCAAGGAUGGGGUAGAAAACAUCAUGAAAAAGGAACACUAUGAGGAGUGGGCAGGGGAGCACCUGAUUGAGUGCACACACUACAAGACACAAGGACCUGGAUUCGAGUCCCCAAUCCUCACUUUUAGGGGGGAUGCUUCAUGAGUGGUGAAGCAGGUCUGCAAGAGUCUAUCUUUCUCUCUCCUUCUCUGUUUCAACCCCCUCUCUCAAUCUCUGUCUGUCAUAUAUAUGAAUAACAUGAAGAAAAAGUCAAUGAAGUAAAUAUAAGAGAGUUAUCGAGCAACAUCACAAUGAACAACAUUCUUAUUAUAGGAGUCCAGAAGGAGAAGAGCGAGAGAAACGGUAGAAUUUUCAUUUGAAGUAGCUAAGAAUUUCCCCAAACUGAGGAAGGGUACAGACACUAAGAUCCAGGAAGCUCAGAGAGUUCCAAAGAAAUAAACAAAGAGAAAAAAAAAAAGUCACACCAAGACACAAGAGAUAAUUGUUUGUCAAAACAAAGGGUUAAAUAAGAAGUGGUACUUGCAGAACUCUGUAAAUGAAUAAAAAAAGAGGAUAGAAUAGUUUAAAAAUAGACACAAGGUAAAGAAACUCAAGGUUUAUAAAACAACAACAACAAAACAAAAACAAGGAAGGAGAUGUAGGGAAGAUUAAAGCUUAUUAUAAAAUAACAAUUUAAAAAGAUGAUUGUAUGAAUGUUAAUAUGUUAUACAUAAAAGCACUAUGUGUACUUUAUAUUUAAAUGUACUAUAAACACAUCUAAGAGUCUCUUUUAAAACUGC